UAAAAUUUUUGUUAAAAACAAAAGAAAUCAUUUUAAAACAAAUUAACCAAAAAGAAAACAAUCAACAAAAAUCACAACAACAAAUUGUUGACAUACAACAACGUGUAUGAAUGAAUGAAUGAAUGGAUUCUCCCGAAAAUUGAACCGGUCUGUGUUGAGUUUUAAAACAAAAACGAAAACCAAGUUUAAUAUUCACCUAAUUUCUGCGAACUCAUUAAAAUACGCGCUAAGCUUCGCACAAUCUCAAAACAUACACACACGCACACUUAUGUGUAAAGUAAAAAAAAAUUUAAAAAAAAGUGUUCGAUUUUAACGUUUAUUUAAAAUACAAUAAAAAUUAAUAACAAAAAAAAAUACUUUAUAAACGCAACAACAGCGUGGUUUAAAUUUUAAAACUAUAAGCAGCGGACUUUUGUACCGUCAAAACUUAAAUGAGUCAUUAAAACUAAAAAAAUAAAAAAAAACAAAACAAAAAUUUUCAAAUUAAAAAAGUUAAAUAUUUAAAUAGAUCUCCACUAAGAACCUUCUCACCCUAAAACCAUUAACAUUUAUCUUAAGAACUCUGAAAUAAAAACCGUCAAAAUAGCUCCCAACAAUUAUUUAACACAGCGAAUGCAUUUAACCUCCAGUACCGUUAAUACUCUACAAUAUUCCGGCUCAACUUUAAAUCCAACAGGAAAUCUAUUAAAUUCUUCUUUAUUGGGUGGUAGCAUCACAGCUACUGGUGCUACCACCACAUUAGCAGCAACUGCCUCCUCUAGUAAUUGUCACUCAACGAACGGUUCACCAUCAACAACAACAACAACUACAUCAUCAUCCGUAUAUUUAUCGCCGGCUUCUUUGCCCUCAUUAACAACAACUGCCACCGCCAAUAUGGUGAUUUCUUCGUUACCUCCUGCUUCUUCAGUGCACCAUCAUCAUCACCACUUACAUUCACAUCCCACGCACCAUCAGCAUCAUCAUACCACACACUCCCACUCUGCCUCACAUCCGCCACAACAUUGGAAUACCGAGGUUGGGAGUAUGGCUUCCGAUACUAUAGUGGCCAGUAGUUCGGCGAGUAUUGGUAGUAAUUCACCAAAUGGUGGUGCUAGUAAUGGUACAGUGAAUAGUAAUAAUAGUACAAAUAAUAACAAUAACAACAACAAUAGCAGUAAUGGCAACAAUAACAGUAGUAGUGGUGGUAAUAAUAACAACAAUAAUGUUAUACACCAGGAUUUGGCUUGGCUAGAACGUUCCGUUUUACAAGCCCAACAACAGUUUCCAAAUGAAUUGGUACGCACUAGCAAUCCCUAUUUCCUCUGUUCUGCUCUACCCACCCAUUGGCGUUCCAAUAAAACUCUGCCAAUUGCCUUUAAAGUAGUGGCCCUGGUAGAUGUGGGAGACGGCACAAAUGUAUAUAUCAGGGCCGGAAAUGAUGAAAACUACUGUGCUGAAUUGCGUAAUGAGAAGACAACCAUGAAAGAUCAAGUGGCUAAAUUUAAUGAUCUUAGAUUUGUGGGACGUAGCGGUAGAGGUAAAAGUUUCACUUUAACCAUCACUGUGGAUACAUUUCCCCGACAGGUGGCUACCUAUUCGAAGGCUAUAAAAGUAACAGUCGAUGGACCUCGUGAACCGCGCUCAAAAACAAGUCCUCCUAAUGGCACCCAUUUUCGUGGUUUUGGCUUAUCACAACGUCCCUAUCCCGAUACCAGCUUUACCAGUCAUUUUCGUGAAUUGGGCUCAUUACAUCGUGUUACCCGCUCAUCAGCCGCCGCUACGGCUGCUUCAAUUGUUAAUUCAGCAGCAACACCAACAUCGGCUUCGAGUACGAACAGUAGUAGUUUACCGCAAUUAACGGGAGGUAUUGGUGGCAGCGUCGGUAAUCAUUCACCAACGAGUAGUACAAUCAAUUCAGAUUGUCAGGGUUAUAAACCGAAUGCAGCCCAUUUACAAGACAACAACAACCUUAUGGGUGCUGCUGAAUGGACCGGUUAUUCCAGCAGCAUGACUAGUGCCUCUGCCUAUUCCAGUUUUCAUCAUACCCAUCACUUGCCACCACCUCCACCGCCAUCAGCUGCUACAGCAGCUGCCACAAAUUCCGCUUACAGCGGCUAUGAAAGUCUCACCACCGAUCCCGCCAACUUACACUUGCCAACCGUGCUCACCGAUAUGCAACCCUAUUGUCCGACCAGCGAUUAUCAUCCCAGUGCCAUAGUGCCGCAUGUUCAGGCGCCGAUUUGUAGUCCCAACUAUAGCACGGUACCGAAAAAUGAAUAUGAUUCUUAUAAUGCAGCAGCGGCGGGUUAUUCUUCCUAUAACAACUGGUCUAAUGGUUAUAAUAAUUAUCAAUAUGGCAGUUGUGCGGGUCAACCACAAUACUCAGCUCAUACAGCGCACACAAUGGUACUGUAUCCUCAACUAAUAUCCACCUAUAAUCAAAAUGAAAUUCACUUACACCUACAUGGCACCGAUAAGAUCGAACAAUAUUUAGGUGGAGAAAAUGCUCUCACUAUUAGUUCCCUUUCCGGUAAUCGUUCAAGCAUAGAGAUCGGUAUUGGCACCUCGGAUCACGAAGAACAAAUGCAAAAUAACAAUAAUGCUGCAGGUGCAGGAGGCAUAAUGAAUAGUGAUCCUCAUACUCAUGUGGUAGUAACAGAUCCAGCGAAUCUAGAUGCAGAACAAAGACAAACACAUUUAACGGAUCCCGCAACUGAAGUUAAUGUAGUGGGCAGUGGUGGUGUUAGUGUUGCAUCAUCGGGUGUAACAAAUGAUCAACAUACUCAUGCCUCGAGAGAGGGAGAAGAAGUGUGGCGACCCUAUGUGCCCACUUCAUGGCCUCAGUGACAAAAUUGUAAGACUUAUGUACAUAUAGAGUUAAAUUAAGAGUCUAUUUAGUAUGAAUACGUAUUAAUUUAAGUAACUACUACUAUUUGCUUUAAAAAAAACUAAUAAAUGAAAUGGAAUGAAUGUAAAAACAAAAUUACAAAAAAACACAAAAUUUGAAAAAUUAUUUAAUCAAAAGAUUUACUAGGAGAAAAGGAUAGUCUUGUAAUAUGUAUAUUUUUCAAUGAAUGCCUAUAAGUAUGCUUCUAUUUAUUCAUACUCAAUGAAAUUGCAUGAAUUUUUAGAAUAUUCGCGAUAAAAUAGAAUCGGUUUACAAAAAAUUAUAGAGCUUUGUUGGAGAAGCAGGGGGAAAAGUAUGUUUUUAAAAACGUGUUAAUUAGAGUUACAGGUGGCGUUAUUUUAGCAGAAUCAUGUGCCGACAUAAUGAAGUUUCUAUAGGAACAUUGUGGAAUCUGUUUAUAUUGAAAUCAGGGUUUUCGACCACAGAGUGAGCUAGAGAUGACUAUGAAACUUGCAAGACACACGCGGCUGCUAAAUAUCGUGUGUGACUGAUUCCGGUCCAUAUUCAAGCUGUUUGAUCAAUUACUUAAGUUUUAGAAUAUCAGACAAUUCAUUACAAAAUGAUUUUCAUAUUUUUAUUAAAGAGUUUUUUCGAGAAGUAUUUAUUUUCAGGUACAUCAAAGGGUUAAUUUUGACUAAAAUGUAAUCUUAAUUCUCAUAACAUACAUAAUUAUCUAAGGUUAAUCAUAAACCAAAAAUUCUAAAUCUUUGAAAAAACAUCAUAAAGAAGUUAAAUUUCAGACUUAAAAAGUUUUUAAAGAGGAACCGUAUUAUAUUCACAAGGACUGUUAUGGGUUAAUUUUCACUAGAACUUAAGAAUAUUCAGUGAUCAUGACAUAUUUUUCAAGGUUGCAAGAUUUCAUCAAGAUCCAUUGAAAAAGACUAAAUUAUUAGCUAAAUGUUUAAUAUAUAAAAACUUGACCUUUGACCCCGAAGGUCAAAAGGUUGAAUUCCCACAUUAAGUGAAUAUUUUUUUAAAGGGUAAAAUAAAAUUUUUAUUUUUUUUUUUAAAUUGGACUGCAGCAAUAGAGAAAAAGACAGAAUUAUGCCAAAAAAACAAUUGUAAUUUCAAAACCCUUGUACAGCUAAAGAAUAAAAACUAUUGACUUAAUAGUUUUUGGCUUCAACUCUGUUAAACUUUUGCAAUAAAAAUUCUAAAGAAAAGUUCUUUACAAUUAACAAGUUAUUUAACAAAAAUUGCUUAAAAAACCUAAACAAGUUUCCUUAAAUAAACUUUCAUCCAAAAACUGAUUAAAUAAAUGUUUCAAAAUAAAAUUACGUUUAAAUAAUAAAUAAUUUAGUUAGUUAUAAAUUCUAUAUAAUUUUAUAAAUGUAUAUUUAAAUGUAAAAAAAAACAACAACAACAAA